AUGCUCCGUCGUCCAUUCGCUCGCAUGCAGUAUCGGAAUCUCAAGGGUUUUGGCGAGUACAUUGAAGAUCUGAUUGGUGAUCUCAAAGGAUGCACGGAGGCUGUUGUCGAUUUGCAACCGCAUUUCUUCCGCUUUACCCUCGCUACUACAACUGCUUUGAUCUUUGGCCAGCCUAUCAAGGAGAAUAAAAGUGUAAAGCAUCAAUCCUUUGCGAGCAACUUUGAUUACGCCUCAAGAAUCUCAGCAAUACGCAUUCGCCUUGCAGAUUUUCACUGGGCUUACACAACCUCGACAUAUACUCGUGCGUGCGAGAAGGUGAAAGACUACGCUGAUAGCUUCGUAAAGCAUGCAUUGGACAAUCAGAGCUCUGCUUCUGAAGACGCUACAUCUCAAUACGCAUUCCUCAAAGACCUUUUUGAGGAAUACAAAGACCCAACACUUGUCCGCGAUCAACUGAUUCACGUUCUAAUUGCUGGCAGGGAUACGACAGCUUGUCUGCUUUCUUGGGCGUUGUGA